AUGACUUCGAACUCGCUCUCUCACUGUUGUACCACCGGUUCCCUUCAUGAAGGUGAAGCCAAGGGCGAAAUCAAAAACAUCGGCGAUAUCUCAACAUACUUUGCAUACCCCCCGGGCAAAUCCACCGAAAACGCUAUCCUCAUCUUGACCGACGUGAUUGGGCAUAAAUUCAUCAAUGCCCAACUUAUUGCAGACCAAUUCGCUGCCAAGGGCUACUUUGUCGUCAUGCCGGAUCUAUUCAACGGUGACUCCGUCCCGCUGAACAGACCAGAGGGCUUCAACGUCAUGGAUUGGGUGCAAAACCAUUUGCCCCCGCAGACAGAUCCUAUUAUCGAUAAUGUACUCAAAGAGAUGCGUGAAAGCCUUGGUUGCAAGCGUAUCGGUGGUGUAGGCUACUGCUUUGGUGGGAAGUAUGUCUGUCGGUAUCUCAAGCCGGGUAAGCUGGAUGUUGGGUUCACGGCGCAUCCGACGAUGGUUGAACCGGAUGAAUUGAGGGGUAUUGAAGGGCCACUCAGUAUCGCAGCUGCUGUGCGAGACAUCAUCUUCACGACUACUAAACGACACGAAAGUGAGGAGAUUUUGGACAGCCUGGAUGUUGCUUAUCAGAUCAAUACGUUCUCAGAUGUGGAGCAUGGGUUUUCGGUUCGCUGUGAUUUGUCGAAGCCUCGACAGAAGUUUGCUAAAGAGCAGGCUUUCAGCCAGGCUGUGGCAUGGUUUGACCAAUACCUCAAGGAAUGA